UGUCUUUUAGUCUACAUUUGACAUUUCCGGGAGCUUUGCGCAAAAUUCUAAAAGAAAUAUAGAGGAAAUUUUACAGUAUUUCAAAACAAUAAGAUUGAAUUCCACAGAUCUCCUCGUUUAUAAAUACUUAUGAACUAGUACUUUCAUUGUUGGCAGCUUUGAGUCAUAAUCAUUUGCCGAAUUUGUCAUCGAACAACCACGUAUUUAUAAACACAUCAGUCACCGGUCAGAAAAUCUUCUUUUAGUUUCACUUCCUGGGUGCUGUUCGAUUCAUUAUUUAGCCGUUCAGUCAUGUCUGGAUUUUUGGAUAACUGCAACCCAAGAUGUGAAUGUAUAGAAUUAGGAGAAAUGAGAAAUUUAGUAGUCUCAAUUGUAUCAGGAUGCUUGUUUUUUACUGGAUGGUGGAUAGUUAUAGAUGCUGCAGCAAUUUACCCAGAUGAAGCACAAUUGCAGAAAGCCUUUCACACAUGUGGUGCUGUAGGGACUAUAGCAUUUUUCAUGAUAAAUUCAGUAUCAAACGGACAAAUUAGAGGAGAUGCCUACAGUACUGGAUGUAUGGGACAGACUGGAGCUAGAGUUUGGCUGUUUAUUGGGUUCUUGCUUGGAUUUGGAGCACUGAUUGGUGCUUCCUGGAUCCUGUUCGGAUUUUAUGUGGUUAAUAACAAAGAUAUGAAUAGGAAUAGUACUAUCACAACUGCACCUGAUGACUAUAAACCAGAGUGGGCAGGUGUAGCAAUAUUUCUACAGAAUGCAUUGAUAUUCUUCAGUUCCCUGCUGUUCAAGUUUGGACGGACAGAAGAUCUGUGGGGAUAGAGGAAGAAUAUUUUAUAUUACUGUGACCCAUUAUAAUGAAUAGUGGCUUAUUUUAUGUCAAAAAGCUAUCAAUGGAAUCAUUUGAGAAAUAUCAUUUCUCAUGAUUAAAAAAACAGUGAAUGUCAGAUCAGUUUCAUUUUUCUGUUGAUCUUACUGUUGCAUGUCAAUGUCAUUGUAUACAGUUUUUUUUUUUGUGUCUUGAAUAUUUUUUAAGCUUUGUACAAAAUGAUGUUUAUAGCUUUUUGUGACAGUUUGUAUGAUGUACCAGGGAUGGAACUAAUUAGUUUUAACUGCAAUUGCUAACAUGCUGUGGUAUCCCGUGAAAUUGCAUUACGUUUCUCAAGACAGCUCAUGUCUACCAUAGUUUGUUCAAAAGCAACAGUAGCUAGAUUGGGCUGUAUUGAUAAACACAUUUUUAGUAGCCUGGGCCAACUUUUAGAGCCAUUUGCUACUUAGUCAUAGUAUCCAUCCCUGAUAUACAAAAACUAAAAGCCAAUUGUGUCAUGUUAUAAUGUUUUACAUAUAGUAUUCAAUUUUGUUUAAAGAGCUAUUACUGUCUAGAUUUAAAAUGCAAAAUUGCAAAUGGAGGAUUUGUUUUUUACUAAAUUGGAUAGAGAUAUUUACAUUUUUAGGUAUUUAGCUGAAUUGUCUGUGAAUAACCCUAGAUUUUGCUAUGAAUAACCUUCUGAUGUAGAAUUUCCAUGGUAGUGUAUGUCUUUCCUUGACUUAUUGUUUUAGUUGCCCUUUGGUAUGCUGAGAAAUGCAGAUUUGUAGCUCACAGAAACAAAAAGGAAACAAGAUAAAAUCACUUUUUGAUUAUGAAGUCAAAUUCUUUAAAUGGUGGUGCAAAAUUUUGUGGGAACUUGUGUGAUAUUAAGAAAUGGCAGACAAAUUUGUAUACAAGUGUAAAUAUGCCUUCUGAGAAAUGAGUAAAUAAAAUUUAGUCUGGCAACUUAUGACAGUAUUUGUAAGAUUCAGUUGCCCAGAUAUAAUUUAUGAUGUGACCAACAUCUAAUAAAAAAAUUCAAUCAAACUGAUGCUAUAGCCCACCUUGAAAUUGCAGAGAGUUCAGAGUUGUUUUGCUCUAUGUUGAAGGCUUCACUGUAACUUUGACAUGGAGAACAGCAAUGAAAGUGUUUUUUCUUUGCUUUUGGACUUUUCUUGUGUCUAGUGAUUUUAUGUCGUGAAUUGAUACACCAUAUCCUUUUGUUUCAAUUUCAAUGUUACUGAUAAUGAUUUACAUUGAAAUAUACUAAUUGUAAUAUAAACAUUGAAACUUACUCAAAUGGGAGGACAACAGCAGUAAAUAAUAAUAUGCAACAAUUCUUUGAUUGUUUGCACAUUACUAUUUUGAUGAACAAGAAUGAAGCCGCAUAGUAACUUGUUAAAUCAUCAAUUUUUUACUUAUGUUUGCAUGGUAAUAUAUUAAUUGGAUAGAAAUUAUAGCAAAUGAAAUAGCUCAUGAAUUUGAUGUAAAUAUGACUAAAAUUGUAUUUAUUCCAUGACUGUUCAAACUUAUUUUCAUGUAAAUAUUUAAUUUUAUUAACUAGAUUUUAUGUAAAAAAAGUAUAUGUUGUUCAAACCUUUUGAGUGCUAAUGUAUUUUUCAAAACCUAAAAUGUCGCUUUAUUGUUACUUUUACUCUCUUAUCUGAUAUUACUCAUUCAUACAAUUUAUUAUUGCUUAAUAAGUGUUAAUUUGUGUAUUUUUACAUUUUUUCAAUCAGUGCAAAAAAUGCAGUCCAUAGAUUAUUCAAAACACUUUUAUCAUCAGAUCAUUUUUUAGGUAAAUGAUAAAAUGAUUGGCAGAGAAUAUGGGUUGCUUCACAGAUACAACAUAUUGUGCAGGUUGCUUAUAAUUUGAAAGGUCACUUUUGAUUUUAAUAAGAUAAACCAACCAACUAAUUAGAAAUAACAUCUAAGUUUGACUUUCACUAUCCCACCAGCUCAAAUUCACCUUUACAUUUCAAUGACCCUAAGUUAUGAAUAUUCAUUACAUAAAGUUUUCUACAAUCAGAAACCAGCAUGAAAUGCAUUCCGAAAUUGAUAUAAAAUUAAUUCAUCGGGUUGUUUCCAUUUUAAAAAUGUUAUUUAAAAAAAUGGAAGCUUAAAUAUGAUUGGUUUAAAACUGUUAUUCCUUUGGGUCAUUGAAAUGUGACCCAAUAUGCAAUUUUGUGAAAUAUUGAUGACAGUAGAGUAGUGAGUGGCAAACUGAGAUGUUAUUUUGAUCAGAUUAUUAAAUAGAUCAAUUAUACUUCUUAUCAUUGAAAACUCAUGUUUUCAUUGAUUUUUUUUUAUUAAAUGUUUGAAUAUCCAUAGAAAAUAAAUAGUUAACGUUGAA